AUUAUAACCUCUCUGAAGAUGAAACCCAAAUGAAUUAUGAAGCCAAAGAAGUGUUUGAAUCUCUUAAAGACUGUCUUUCCACUUCCAAAAACUACAUCCUUGACCAACCUGGAUUAGUAACUUCUGAAUUAUCUGAAGAGGCUCUUAUUGCUUCUUCAGUCCUAAAAGCUGCUGAAGCAUUCGAUGAUCAAGUGAGCAAAAUUGAAGCCCCAAGCCAUAGCAUUCCUGAAAAAGAGUUUACCGAGCCUGAACAGAAAUCUCAGCCUCAAGUUGCUGAAGGCGAUAAGCCCAAGGCUGAGUCAAUUCCUGACUCCAAAGAUGCAGAUAAGAAAGAAUCUAAGACUGCUCCAAAAGCCUCUUCUAAACCCCAGAAGCCUUUGAAAGGAAUCAAGGAAAUUCACAACAAGAUACUUACUAAUGAAGAGAAUAUCAACAGAAAUUCAAGGUCAGUUUUCAUCAGAAAUAUUGACCAGAAAGUGACAGCAGCGCAGUUAAGAGAACACCUAGAAGAACAAACCGAAGGACUCAAAGAUCUCACUCUGAGGUUCUAUGCAAGAACUAGUAGAUCCAAAGGCCAAGCUUAUGCUGAGUACGAAAGUGAAGAAAGCGCAUUAAAAGCCAUUGAAAAACUUGACAACUCCACUUUCCAUUUCAUGAAGUUGAGUGUUGAAAAGAAGAGGUUGAAUUUACCCAAGGACAAGUUCAAGAUGAAAAAGAGAGACUUCAAGCAUUCGAACAAGUUUGUCCCAGUACCUCAACACCCAAUGAUGCCUAUGCCCCAGUUUGGGAUGCCUAUGCCUCAGUUUGGGUUCGGGGUGCCUCUUCCUUUCCCACCCAUGAACCAGCCAAACCCUCAAAUGUGGAGGAGCAACCCGAGAUAUCUCCAAAGUCGCGAGAGGAGGAUUAAGGAGCAGUACAAAAGACUCAACGAGGAAAUCAUUCCUAAACAGAACAGGGAACUCAAGAAAAGAAUAGAAAAGCCGAACAAAAGAAACAAAGGAAGGCAAGAUAUCAAUAAAUAA